AUGUCUCUCGAGCUAUACCAUACAACGCACAACGCGGGCCAAACAACAGUCGUCCUAAUCCACGGCGCCCUGGUAUCCGGUCUCUACUGGGACCUAGUAAUCCCCCACCUCCCAUCCUACCACCUCCUAGUCCCCGACCUCCCAGGCCAUGGCAAAUCCCAAUCAACACCGUUCUCAAUAGACCUAGCCUCCCGCAUGAUAGCCCAGCUAAUCCGCACGCACGCCACAAACGGCUCAGCACAUAUUAUCGGCCACAGUCUAGGCGCUCAAGUCGCCAUACGUCUAGCCUCCACAGACCCAGACAUAGUCAACUCGAUCUUUAUCUCUGGCUUUGGAAUGUUCCCUCGAACGUCAAUCACGCCGUACAUCCCAUACGCAGCAUGGGCGAUGUCGCGCGUGGAGAACUGUCUUGCCCGUCCCCUGAUCAGCUGGGCAAUGGAUGGCGCCGAUAUCCCGCGCAUUGAUACAGAUCUCUGCACACUAGACUUGUGUCGGCGGAUCGUGGCGCCGGAUAUACCCACCGAGUGGCCGGUGCCGUGGGCGGCGCGCACGCUUAUUGUUGCGGCUGGUAAAGGCGGGCUAAUACCUACUAAGGAUAGCGUGUGUGAUGCUGUGAGGUUGGUGGUGAUUGGGAGGGAGUUGAAUGAAGAGACUGUUGCGUAUACGCAUUUGAGUAUGCGACAUCCGUGGAAUCGGCAGGCGCCGCGGUUGUUUGCGGAGACUGCGGAGGCGUGGUUCGAGCGUUUGGAGCUACCUGGGGGCUUCGUGAAGCUUUAG